AUGAGCAUUUCAAGUGAAAUUGACUCAAAAAUUAGCCCUUUGUUCGAAUGGGCCACAAAGAACGGUGCGCACAUAGACCCUCGUAUUCAGUUCCAGCGAUACGGGCUCACCGACGGUGUAAUGGCUUCGGUUAAACGCUCAGAGGCUGAUGAUAUUGCAGGACUGAAGAUCUGGAUACCACACAAUCUUGAACUAUCCAGUGAAGUCGCAAAAGAGAGCCUGAUACCUGGCUCUUCGGUGCAACCUUCAAACGAAAUGCUCAAGGUGUUUCUGGCUUGGGGCAGGGGAAACCAGGAUGUUGGAAUUACGUUUCUUCCAUACAUUCGGUCUCUGCCCCAAUCAUCGGAGGAGAUCAACACUGUGUUGAGCUGGUCAUUGACUGAAAGAGAAAUACUUCUUGAAAACACCACCCUUGAUAUUGAAGUGAACAGAAGACUUGCGUUAUUAGUUCAGGAGUGGGAGAAUGUCUACAGGAUCCUGAUGAGUAGCGAUAAUUGCAUUGAAGCCAUCAAAAACAUCGACAGCACUUUAUUUAAAGAUCAUGCAGCUGAAGUCUCAAGAGAUCUUUACUCGACUCAAGAUUAUUGGUGGAGUUUUCCAAACUACCUCUGGGCACAUUCUGUUCUUGCAUCGCGAGCAUUUCCAUAUAGACUGUUCAAGAAACACGUUCAAGAAGAUGCGAUGGUGUUACUGCCGGUUAUAGACUUGCUGAACCAUAAACCAAAAUCACACGUUCAAUGGAACGUCGUGGAAACAGGUUUUGAGCUCGUACCAGAUGUGGACUUGAGCACCCUGGAACUGGUGAACAACUAUGGACCCAAGUCAAACUCGGAGCUGCUCCUGGGUUAUGGAUUUGCAUAUGACAAUAAUGAAUUCGACCAUGUUGUGUUCAUGAGAAAACCAAGCGAUUUCAGCUCUCACUGGUUAGGCAGGAACCAAGAAGUUGUGCAAUUCUUCAAGCACAAACUAUCCGACUAUACUUGGUUGAACUUUGGCUCCGAUGUGUUUAUCUUCCGCGUUCAGGAGAAAAUUCCACCUGAAAUGCUGCAAUUAGUUUCUCUUCUGUCCAUGCUUGAUUCUGACAAGAAGACACUCGGAGUUGCCCAUGAGAUACCUGACAGAGCCACCUUGCGAAUGGCGCUCCACGCCGUCUCAGAACUCAGAACAGAGUUUGAUCUGAGAAGAAAGAUUUUGCCCAAGGAAGCCUCCAUCGACAAAAAGCUUUCGCAACGAAACUGCUCUACCAAGAACAGAGACAAUGCGUUGUCUCUUAUCAGAGGCCAGAGUCGAGUUUUCACAACCAUUUCUAGACAGAUGAAAGAGCUUGAAAAUAGACUGUUGAACUCUCACAAAAAGAGCCAUGUUUCAGCAGCACGAAUUCUCAAAUACGACAACGCAGCCAGUGAAAUUCAAUCCGGAGAUUUGAUUAUGAAAGAAUGGUUGGAGAACCUUAGAACCAGGUGGAAGCCAGAGUGGAUAAACGAAGACACAUUCGUGGGACAAAGCCCCUCAGAUAUCAUCAGACUAUAUGGCUACCAGAGACCAGGGAAAGCUGCCGAAUCUAUUCUCGUGCAGUCACUCACAAUCCCAAACUUUUCAGAACUGUGA